GAUGUAUAAUCAUUGAUGUAUAAUAAUUAAUAUAUUACAAUAAUGCAAAGUUAAUUCAACUUUAAAAAGUUCUGUGAUGCAUGCCACUAUAGUAUUUCGAUAUAUACACUGCUAAAAAUCUAUAGUAUAUAACGUGAAUUAUUAUAGAAUUUCAAUACUGACAAUGUAUAUUGGAACACCCAAUAUCAUAAAUCGACCAAAGAAUUAUAAUAUAUGCCAACUAAAUUAGCAAUAAGAUCUAAUAAUAUCAAAAUCAAUAUUUUUUUAUUCUUAGUUUUUGUCCUAAAGGUAAUAGAUUAAUGGAUAUUUACAAAACUCAUGUUAUCUAUGUUUAAGCAUUGCCAAAUAUAGGAAAGGUAUAUACAAUGAAAUUUCAAUAUAGUGCUCAGUUUAAAUUAGGAUAAACAAAUACCGGAUGUUCGUGGAACUUAGGUAUAUUAUUGUUUGAUGUUAGUAAUAAGAUCUAAUGGAUUGAAUAAUCCAAGAAUAUUUUUACUUAUGUAAUAUGAAGAUAUAAAAGAAAAAAAAUACUGUGUCUAAUAAAAGUAUUGAAAAAUACCACAAUGUCUCUUAUUUCAACAUUCUUCAUAUUUCUGUUUCUAAAUGUAUCUUUUAAUAUAGCAGAGUUAUUGCGUAAUCGACCGUCGAUUCAAAAUUUUCAAGAACACCAUCCCGAAGAAGGUCUCUUGGAAGAUCUCUUUUUAAAUCCGACAUCGAUUAUUGCAAAUGAUCGUGCGACGAUCGGCAAUAUAAUUGAUAUAGAUUUUAAAGCAGAAGAUAUAAAUUAUGAACUUUAUACCAAGAACAAUAAGGAACAACCUGUUUCUCUACGAGUAGGUGAUGCUAUUCAAUUGAAGGAUUCACCAUUUAAUCCUGAGUGGCCUACCAAGAUUAUUAUUCAUGGGUGGACAGAGAGCGGAAAUGCUUUUUGGCUACACGACAUUCGGCGAAAUUAUCUUAACGUUGGGAAUUACAAUGUAAUUUGUGUAGAUUGGUUCGCCGGUUCAACAAAAGAAUAUCUAACAUCCGUCAAACUUACUCAUCAGGUGGGAGAAUACGUGGCUGCAUUUAUCGAAUUUCUCGGAUCAGAAAUUCAAGUAUCCUUCGAUGAUAUUCACGUUGUAGGACAUAGUUUGGGUGCUCAUGUAGCCGGACACAUCGGUAAUUAUAUGUCGAAGAAGCUUGGUCGAAUUACUGGACUUGAUCCGGCUGGGCCGGCAUUCGAAACGCCUUAUCUUAAAGAUAAAGAGGAGCGAUUGGAUGCCGCAGACGCCAAUUUCGUGGAUGUUAUUCACACUUGCGCUGGUAGUUUAGGCUUCCUCAGACCUAUUGGCCACGCGGAUUUUUAUCCGAACGGAGGAACAUUUAAGCAACCUGGAUGCCCUGUAUUUUCAUCCCAGACCUGCAGCCAUGGUAGAUCGCAUCAGUUUUUCACCGAGUCGAUCGUGCAUCCUGAUGGCUUUGUCGCCAUGAAAUGCUCCAAUUGGAUGGAUUUUCAACUUGGUAAAUGCGGCGAUAAUAAUUUCAGCACCGCCGUUAUGGGCGAAUUUAUCAACCCUAACAUCCAAGGUAUAUUUUAUCUACAAACCAAUGCACAACCACCGUUUGGAAAGGGCAAAAUAAAAUAA